AUGCCGCACAGAAAUCUGGUCACUUGGAAUUGUAUGAUCUCCGGCUAUGUUCGAAACUAUAUGAUCGUGCAAGCGCUCAGGAUCUUUGAUGUUAUGCCCAGCAAGAACAUUGUAUCAUGGACGGCAUUGCUGACAGGCUAUUGCAAGCUCGGAAGAUUGGAUGAAGCUAGAGUUUUGUUCAAUAAAAUCCCAGAAAAGAACGUUGUUUGCUGGAAUUCCAUGAUCUCGGGAUGUAUGAAGAAGGGAGACAUUACGUCAGCAAGGUUGCUGUUUGAUGAAAUGCCAAUGAGGAACAACACUUCAUGGGCGAUAAUGAUUCAGGGGUAUCUGCAACACAAACUUGUCCCUCAGGCACGGGCCUUAUUUGAUCGAGCACCUGUACGCGCUACAGCAAUUUACAACGCUUUUUUGUCAGGCUAUGUGGAGCUAGGACGCUACAAGGAUGCGGAGGAGCUGUACGCGCAGAUGGCUGAAAAGAACUUAGUGUCAUGGAACACCAUGAUUACUUGCUAUUCCAGAAGUGGGAGGAUGGGAAGUGCAAAACUCUUGUUUGAGGGGAUUCCUGAGAAGGACACUAUUUCCUGGACCGCAUUGAUCCGUGGGUAUCUACAGAAUGGAGACAUUGAUCCCGCCAAAAGAUUAUUUGAACAAAUGCCAGUUAGAGAUGUCAUGGCAUGGAACACGAUGAUAGGCGGUUUGGUUCAGCACGGGAUGAUCGAGGAUGCCAUGCACUUAUUCGAUGAGAUGCCACAGAGGGAUGUUGUUUCUUGGAAUACAAUUUUACAGGCUCAUGUUCGGCAAGGUGAUACAGCCAAAGCAUGCAGUUUCUUUGACAGAAUGCCGUGUAAAAGCGAGACCUCAUGGAACACACUUAUAUCUGGAUGUCGAAGCGAGGAAGCUCUCGUUAUGUUUCGCCAGAUGUUGAGGGAAGGAUUUAGUCCAGACCAAGUUACUUUUGCUGUGGUUAUAUCCGUUUGUGCUUCACUAGUGGCUCUUGGGUGGGGAAGAAUGCUGCACCUCUAUGCGUGGCGAGCUGGUUAUGAGCAUGAUCACACAUUGGUGAUGAGCUCUUUGAUCUCAAUGUACUCCAGCUGUGGAUUGCUUGGUGAUGCCAAUCAAGUGUUCAAGUGCGUGCUGAAACACGACACCAUCUCAUGGAAUGCCAUGAUUGCAGCUUAUGCUUACCAUGGAUUUGCGGCAGAGGCCUUCGAGCUCUUUGAAGAGAUGAUUCGAGCUGGCUUCAUUCCCGACAAUGUGACAUUUUUGGGCCUGUUAUCAGCGUGUGCUCACAGAGGCUUGGUUGAUGCAGGAUGCAGAUACUUUAUCAGAAUGCACAAGGAUUGGAAGCUGAUUCCCAGGCCCCAACAUUUUUCUUGUGUUGUUGAUCUCCUGGGCAGAUCAGGAAUGAUGAAUCAGGCUCAUGAUUUGGUAAACCGAAUGACCAUGGUUGAUAAUGAUAAUGAUGAUGAUGGUCAUGCUGCUGCUCAGGCAAAUAAUAAUAAUGCCUGGGAGACCCUUUUGAGUGCUUGCAAAUUCCAUGGGAAUUUGGAAUUAGGACAAGUUGCUGCACAGAGGGUGUUACAGGCUCAACCUCUUGAUGGGGGGAUGUACAUUAUCUUAGCUAACAUUUAUGCGGCAAAAGGAAUGUGGCAGGAUGCAACAAGUAUCAGAGCUCUGAUGAGAGCUCGCGGAGUGAAGAAGGAGACUGGCUGUAGUUGGAUUGAAGUGAAUGGUAGGAUGCACUCUUUUAUGUCUAAUGAUAAGUCUCAUCAAUCAUUUGACCAACUGUAUCAACACUUGGAUAAUCUUUCCAUUAUCAUGGAGGAGGGGAACAUGUAA